AUGGCCGAGAUUGACACGAGGCCCCUAGAAUCCGUGCAGUCUGCCUUGAAUCUCUUCGAGCAGAGAAGUGAUCACAGCAGGUUCAGCAGCCCUGACAGAAACGGGCAGGAGAUUGACGUCGUGACCAAGGAGCUGGCGACGUGCAAGCUGCAGCUGGAGGCCAAGGAGAGCGAGAGCAAGCAGGCGAACAUGAAGCUGGAGGCCAUGCGCAAGUCCAUGCAGGAGCUGUCGGAGAAGUACGACCGGGCGUGCCUGGACGCGCACCGCCGCAUCACCGAGCUCGAGGCCGACAACGUCGCCAUCACCACCAGGCAGUCCCAGGCGGCGGCCGAGUGCGAGGCGCUCCGCGACGAGCUGGACGUCGCGGUGGGCGAGCUCCACGCCGUGAGGCGCGCCAACGCCUACGUGCUCGGGGAGGUGGAGUCGAUGGAGACGCGGCGGAUCCUGGAGCGGGAGAGCGCGCGGGACGGGCUGAUGCGCGUGCUGGAGCUCAACGAGGCCGUGCUGGAGUCGGCCGUCGCGGCCAUCAGGGCGGAGGAGGAGCGGUCCGUCUACUUCCAGGAGGUCACGCUCGAGCUGUUCAGCUCUGACAAGAACCUGAAGACCAUCAGGAAGCAGAAGGGGGCGAUGGAGAGCAUGGAGGGGGAGCUGCUGGCGAAGACCAUCGAGGUCGAGUGUCUGCGGUCUGAGCUCAUGCAGCUCAAGGAGCUUUACGUCUCGGUGUCAGAACGGGUCAUGGUUUCGGCCUCGACGACGGUGCGCCAUGCCGACGGCGAUGCUGAGGCAAACCCUGCGGACACCGGUCGGUCCUGUGAUGACGACCACGUCGACGUCAAUGCUGGCAAGUCUGACGAUGGCAAGGGAAGCCAAGAACCACGAGGAGAAGUCGCUGAUCUUGUCAAUGGCUGUCCAGAAGUUGCUGAAGCCUAUUUUGACAUUGAAUUGCCGAGGGAGGACUGUCCAAACAUUCAAUCUGGUGACGGGAAUGUCAACGUUGCAACGUCUGCUGAUGUCGUGCAAGUUCAGGCAGGACUGAAAAGGAGGGUUCGUUUCAUGCCUGAAAGCCCGAUGGAGGAUUUCAGGAGCGUGAACUCUGAGUGUUGCAAGUUCAUGGACGCCGGCAUCGGCAUGCCUGAAAACCUGGCAGCAAAGAGAGUCUCAGAGUCAGAGGCUGCAGGUGCGGGCUUUGUCUCCGAGAUCGUGGAGGUGGAUUCCAAAGAGGCCGAUGGCGAUGGCGAGUUGCACAAGAAGGAGGUCGGGGACGUCGACAGGCUCGCCGGCGGGUACGUGCUCGUCGCGAAGGAGGCCGACGGCGGGUCUCUCAAGGACGAGAAGCUGAGCGCGGCGCGGGCAGAGAUCAGCGACCUGAAGUUCAGCCUGGAGGAGGCGGUGAGACGGGCCGAGCUGGCGGAGGAGGCCAAGGCGGCGCUGGAGAGGGAGCUGCGGGAGGAGAUCCAGCUGAAGCAGCGGACACCGCGGCCACGCGCUCCGGUGGAGGACGGUCGGCUAAGGCGCGUGGAGAGCACCCCGGCCGCGCCUUCCUGGCGGCGGCCGACGCCGUCCCAGGCACCAGGAGGCGGGAAGAGAGGCGGCGCCAGGCCGCCUGCGUCGCCGGGCUGCCUCACCCUGGGGAAGGCGCUGAACAUGAAGUACAACUGA